GGGCGGCGCGGCGGGGCCGGUGGUGCCGGUGGUGCCGGUGCCGGUGGGUGUCGCAGCCGCCGGCUGCGCGGCGGCGGUCCCCGGGCGCCCAUCACGUGCUCGGUGUGUUGCAUUGUGUUUGAGGCGGAGGGAGGGCUGGCCGUGUCAGUGAUCAAUGUCAUGACUUCCUCCUCGGGCUGGAGCAGUAUCAGAGCACAGCUGAAGGAAGCUGAUUACUGCUGCUUGCAAAUUGGCUGGGAACAAUACACGCGCGCACACAGCCCCGCACACACCCGCACACAUAGCCCGCACCCUGGCUCCCGCGUCUCCGCUCCGCGCCGGGGGGGAAGAUGAGCUCGGGGGACGUCGUUUGCACCGGAUGGCUCAUUAAAUCACCCCCCGAGAAGAAACUCAAGAGAUACGCAUGGCGGAAGCGCUGGUUUGUGCUGCGCAGAGGCCGCAUGAGUGGGAACCCAGAUGUGCUGGAGUACUACAGGAACAACCACUCCAAAAAGCCCAUUAGGAUCAUCGACCUCAAUGAGUGUGAAGUGCUGAAGCACUCCGGGCCCAACUUCAUCAAGAAGGAAUUCCAGAACAACUUUGUCUUCAUUGUGAGAACCACCUACCGCACCUUCUACCUGGUAGCCAAAACCGAGGAGGAGAUGCAGAUCUGGGUGCACAACAUCAGCCAGAUCUGUAACUUUGGACAUCUAGAAGAUGGCACAGGUUCAGUGGAGAGCCUGUCUCACACGACCUCAUCCCCGCAGCCAUCACCAGCCACCUCUACCCACGCCUCCCGCAUCGCUGAUCCCUCCUUCUCAGUGGACCACGCUGCUGCUGAUGCGUCCGCUGCAGAGGAGACCCCCAGCGAGUCGGAGUCGGUCUUCCUCCCCGACUACCUCUUCCUCUCCAACUGCGAGUCGGGCAAGCUCAGCCACAACAGGUGUGACAGCUGGUCGAAUUCGGACAGAUCUCUGGAGCAAACCUCAUCAGACGAUGUUUUUGUCGACUCCUUGCAGUCCCAGCCCUCCUUAUACCUUGUACAGCCUUCCAGCGCAGGCACUGUGCACCAGGAUGGGGCCCCGCUGGCCAAUCCCAGCACUGUGCUGAGGAACAUAGAUGUUAACGGGCCACCCAGUGACAUUUCCUCCUCUUCUCCACUGCUGGGGACACCACUGACUCCAACCUUUCAGAUUGACAAGAGCCAAAGCGUGCUGCCCUACGGUGUGACCCAGCUGGACGUCCUCUCCAACACCCCUCCGCCACGGCCACCCAAGCCAACCCACUUCUCAGACAGGAGAGGGGAAGAGGUUGGUGGUGGGGCCCUCCAGAACGGCCACGCAGGGAUCUGCAGGGCUCAGGUUGCUCUGGUGCCCAGGAGGAUCUCCUUGUCCAGCUUAGACAACGUGAGGAACUGGAAAGCAGAUAUGGAAGGCAGUUCCUUAAGAAGUCGGGAUAAGAGGCUUAGCUUAAAUUUGCCCUGCCGGUUCUCCCCACUCUACUCGACUGCUUCAGACAGCCCAGAAGACAGCUACGUGCCCAUGCGCCCCAGCAACUCUCCCUCUGCGCCUGGCUCCGACUGUUCACCCGACGGCUACAUCCCCAUGAGCCCUGCCUCAGCCACGUUUACCUUCCCCGUUGUCAGCACUGAAAAACUCACCAGCCCCUUACCUGAGCUUCCCUCGGACCUGGAGCCCCCUCCAGUGAACAGAGACCUCAAGCCUCGUAGGAAAUCACGGCCACCUCCUCUGGACUUGAGGAACCUCUCCACAAUCCGGGAGCAUGCUGCUGUGACCAGGAUGUGGACUGUGCCUUACAAUCGAAUGAGCUUUAUCUCACCAGAAAGAGACGGUAUUAAUUCAGCAAGAAUAUUUGCCAAUUCAGUUUCCGGAGAAGAGGAAGAAAGUUACAUUCAUAUGGAACACAGACAGGCAACAUCUCCAUACAGUGGUGCUUUUCCAUGGACAAGGAAAUCUAACCUUGAUUACUUAGCAUUGGAUUUUAAUUCUGCUUCCCCAUCCCCUGUACAGAAGAAACCAUUUCUCUCUGAAGAGCAGAGAGUGGACUAUGUCCAGGUAGAUGAACAGAAGACUCAAGCUUUACAGAACACUAAGCAGGAAUGGACAGAUGAGAGGCAAUCAAAAGUCUAAAGGAAGAUGAUCUGGGAUCUGGAGAAGGUGUUUGUUUUUUUUGCACUGGAACCACAAUGUUAAUGAAGCAGCUAUCACAGUAGAGUUCAAAGGCAGAGAGAGUUGUGAGAUGCUAUGCUCUGUAGAGGAAUGGCAUUUUUAAUGGAAACCUUUGAUUUCAGCUGGAAAUAGUAUGUUGAAUGAGUGAGUGGUUCACUGAUGAUUAAGUAAUGCAUUACCCUUUUUACUGCCCCUACCAGUAAGCUACAUGGUACCAUUUUCUGGCAUGAUUCUGCAACGAGUCAUACACUUAAUGUUAACAAAUCCACUACAUGUUGCAUUAAUCUAGUUAGUCCUGCCUUCUCCCUCUGUUACAUAAUUCCUAGUUGCUAAAGCUAUUUUUUGAUAUUCCUACAAAUACUGCAAGGUGCUCAGAGUGCUUUUACGGCAGUGGGCAUCUGACAGGUAUUGGUGACUAAUCAACUAAGGGCUAAAAUACUGAAACAAUAAAAAGGACUUUUUGAAUAUACAGUUCUUAAGCAAAGAGAAUUUUGGAAAAUAUUUUUCCCCUGGGUUUAAGGGGUCUGACUCUGAGCUGAUGCUGUCAGAAACUCAAAACAGGACUAUGUACUGAUGGGACUGGAGCUCAUGGUCUUUGACCCUCUGGAUGACGGUCAUCAUGUUAAGUUUCUCUCUGUUGUGGCUCAUACUUGUUGCCUUUCUGUCUGAUCCCUACUGGUGUUUUCUCCCCUAUCUUGAGGAGCAUCUUCGGCACAGCACAGCACAGCUGCUCCUCUAGCAGGAGGCUGCAGGCACACAGCUCUUGGCUGGCCAAAAAAUUGAAAGGGAAGCUGUGAGCCUGUUUCUGCAAGUCUUGGGAAAACUGGCAAAGGAUCAAGAAUGCUUUCAUCUGAACUGCAGAAGAAAUGCCAUUGGAAUUGCUGGUAGCAGCCCUCAAACUGAUUGUUUCACUAGACCCACCCUACCCCACACCCCACCCCCAAAAAAAAAAAGAGAAUGAGGAAGUGCAGCAUUCUCCAAGAGAGGCCAGCAGGCCUGCCAGCAUAAAACAAUGCGCUUACGCAGCAUGAGGACCUCUGGAUUCAGGAAGCUUAUCUACCUUGGGACUUGUUACAGGCACUAUCUCAGGAUCACAUAUGUGUAUAGUUUAUAACAUACUUAACUUAAAAGCUUGGCUGCAAAUUUCAUCUUAAGGUGGUUUACAGGCACCUGAUCCAUGGAAGUCCGCAGUACUGCUGGGUGACCCACACUGGAUUUGAUCACGCAGGCUUUGCUCAUGUAAGUCCCACUAGCCAUAAGAGGUCUGAUCCUGUCAGUACCCACAGACAGCUAAGACCUUGUGCAAGAUUUCCUCUUUGACAGUGCCCAGUCCCUGGCCUCCCUUGAUGUGCCUGUUGCUGCCACAUGUGUUACUGUAAUCUGACAUCCCAAAAAUGCUGAUUUACCAAACAGAGGUCGUGGAAAUGUCAUCGCAGAAACCACUGGCGUUUCAAGGCUCCUGCUUGCUGUCCUUCUUGCACCCAUUCUGCUUCAGCCCUGUGAGCCCUCUGGGAGGCUGAGAGACACGUCCAAGUCACACGUCCUGCUGGGAGAGGCAGCGUCGCUGACACAAACACCGUUUUUCUCCUACCUCAAGAGAGCUGAAGUGCUUGCAAGUCUCGCUGCUGCUUUAGCGCAAACACAAAGCUGGGGAUCCCUGGUGACCAGGCUCUUAUUAGUUUACCCUGUGAGAACAAUGAGGUUCACCAGCACCUUUAUUGACUCUGGGGCAAACUGGGCACCCAGGCCUGUGGACAUAAACUGUCCUGGACUACAGCUGCUCGGGUAAAUGGUGUUUAUACUGCAGAUAGCUGUCCUGCUGUUUCUUUCUACUCUGUUUCCCCCCUUUCCUCUCCUCCCCUCCCCAAAGCUCUAAAAUGGAAGUUAAUGUUCAUAAAAGUUUUGAGAAGAAUUCAGAUUUCUCCAUAUAAAUCUUGUCUGUCUGGUGCAAAAUUUGCCUUGUGAGAACCCAGCUGUUCUGUUUUAAACUGCUUUAGGAGAGCUCUGAGCAACCGUGCCCUGGGUGUGGUACUGCUACAGGGGAAGUGGGUUUGGGGAGAGGCGGCGGAGAACUGCGCCUCUGCAGAGCUGCUGGAGGGGAAGUGAGGAAUGGCCACAGUGACGGAGGUGUUUGCCUUCCUGCUCCAAAGAGUUGCCUUGCUUUCAAGGUGUGCUAGUAAUACGUGUCGCUGAAAGCUUCUGGUGCAUGCUGCAGGACUGAAAGAGUUAAAAGACCAGCUAAGAGGUAGGGGACAAAAAGCACUCACAAAGGACAGGGAAAAUUAUGCUAUGCUGCCACAGACUCCAAAUUGCCAAGUGAUGGGAUGGCAGCCCCCAGUGCAGGUUGCAAUAACACACAAAUCAGCUCCUGAUUGAUUGGGAAGUUUCUUAUCAUGCUGUCAGAAAACCCUGUGAAGUGCAAAACCACCACGUUACUGGAGAGCACUGACUAGCUUGUUGUUCCAGUUUAUUGUACAAACAUUUAAACUUUGGAAAACCUGGCUAAGGGAUUGUUCAGAAGUCUAGGAUAGAAAGAGCUCUUUUGGCAUUUAGUUUUCCAUUAAAAGGACAUAAACAUAUAGCUUGACAGGGUCUGUCCUUGGACCUGAAUGGCCUCCGUUCAACUUCAUGUAUUCCCUGCUUGACCCCAGUGCACUCUUAUCCUGAUCAGAUGCUGCUCACUGGUUCCUAACUUUAGCUUCUAAACUAAAAGCUAGGUUUGGGGGUUAUUCCGUUGUUUCAUGUAAGGUCUAUUUUACCCUCUGCUCCAGGGUCCGUGCCCUGCAUUCUUGUGUAAGCACAACACAUAAAACAGGAGCAAUUAAAAAAAUACCCCCCAACAAAGGGUUUGGAAGCAGAGCAGUGCUCCCUCAAGGCUUUUCUUCUUUUGUUUUAGUCAAAUUCCACAAUACUUUAGAGAAGGAGGAUGGUGGGAGAGCGACAAAGGCCAAAUCUGCUUGGUGGCCACCCCAUCAUGAAGGAUUUUGGUGUGAAUGGAGCCACAGCAGCGCCUGACAUCCCCACGGGCUGCCAACCACUGCAGUGCCACUGGAACUUGUAGGUGGGAGAGGAGUGAUGUUACAAAGCAAAAAGGAGUCACUGCUUCAGUAAGUCUGUUCUUAAAUACUGAACCCUUGGCCAAAGAGGAAGGAAAACCUGUGACAGCACCUGAAAACCGAGUCAGCUUUUGACAGCAUCAUGUCUGAAGAUGUAGUCCAAAACUGUACAUUUUGGCCCUGGGGUCAGGCAGGCACACUCCUGGUGGAGUCUGCUUUUUGCUGUGGGUCUGCUCUGUCAUUUGUGUGUAUUUCUUCAAAAAGUAUCAUGAGAGCUGAUGCAGAGAGAGGCUCUGCACCUAAAUGAGCAUAGGGUAGCCAGUGGACCCUGAGGAAACCCUUGUCUGCUGGGGAGGGCUGGCAUUGCACAGCUCAGGACUUGUAGUGCCUUGUCCAGCAGUGCUGGGGUUUCUCCUUUGAAAUGAAGCUCCAAAUGAGCAGAAAAGCUUUUCUUUAAUUGGAAGUGUCACUCUGUGGAGUUGUCAGAUGAUGCUCGGUUGCAGGGCAACGUGGAAAAACCCAAGUCAGUCCUGCAGUUGCUGUCAGGGUGAUCAGCUGGAUUCCCCCACAGCUGGUGAGUGAGCUGGUAUGUCAGCACCCCAGCACAAGAGGGAGGAGAGCAGGGUGAGAUGGAUCUUUUACUGACAUUGUCUGUGGCCACUGAAUAUAGAAACAGCCUGCGUCAAGCACCUGCCUAAAUACAUCCUAAAGAAUCACAAAGAAAUCAGUCUGGUCUGAACUUCCUCUGUGGAGCGAGAAGCAUUUCAGUGCUUACUGGGAGUUCCACACACUCCCAAGGUCUUUACUGUGUUUGGGUUUAAUAUGGCCUUAUUCUGCAGUCUUUCAGUCAUCACACAUUUGAGCAAGGCAUAGCAGGAUCCAAGACUCAUUUCCUUUUAGGUCUGAACUGCACUUUCCAGUUAUAAUUCCUUUCUUGCAGGAGGCAGCAUAAAAUUCCUUACUGACAGAUAGGAAUACUUUCCUUGAGAAAUCACCAUCGAACUCGAGCCCGGUGUUGUCACCCAGCUCUCUUUUGCCAAUGGUAGCGCUUUCUCCCUUCCAUGUCACUAAUUGCAUUAUAGAUGUAGACUUUGGAGUUGCAUUCACUUGAAUGCUCAGUGGUUUAGGAAUUCAAAGCCCAUCAGAUGCUGUGAUGAGAAUGAGGCACAGGGCAAUGCCUUCCCUUUGUUCCCCUGUUCCGCAAAACUUGCUCAGGUUUUUAAGAAGAAAACAAACAAAAAAAGCCACCAAAACAGCAGACUUUUGCCAUGUCAAAGCCAGAAUAUUUUUUGUUCAAAUCAAAAGAAAAUUUUGUCUUGUGCAAAUGAAGCAUUAUACGUUUUUUGUAUUUGUAAAUCUGUGGGGAAGCAUUAAACAGUCAUCUCUGUUACAAAGGAGUAAGUCAUUGAUAGAGGGAAGGAGCUCGCCUUCCUCAUGUUUCAUUGUAAUGUUUGUUGUAUAUAUUUGCACAUUAAACUGUGUAUCUUUUUUCUAAUAAAUUAAUAUAAAACGUA